AUGGUGGCCCUGCUUGCGGCCGUUGCUGUCGGCUUUGUGCUCCCGGGCCAGCCGGCGACGCCCAAGUUUGAGCAGUACGCUGGCUACAUCGAGGUGGACCCGGCCAACCAGGCCGAGUACUUCUACUGGCUCAUGGAGUCGCAGAACGACCCUGCCAACGACCCUGUUGUGCUUUGGAUGACGGGCGGCCCUGGGUGCUCGUCGGAGCUGGCGGCGCUGUUUGAGAACGGCCCGUUCCGUGUCAAGGACGACCUGACGCUCGAGUACAACCCGGGCUCGUGGAACACGGUGGCGAACAUGAUCUACAUCGACCAGCCGACGGACGUCGGGUUCUCGACGGGCGUGGACAAGGUGACCGACGAGGCGCAGAUGGCAACCAACAUGCUGGCGUUCUUCAAGGGCUUCUUUGAGAAGUACCCGCACCUCCUGGACAACCCGCUGUACAUCACCGGCGAGAGCUUUGGCGGCCACUACGUGCCGAGCCUUGGCGCGGCGAUCCUGCGGCAGGAGGCGUCCGGCAACGGCAUUGGCCUCAACCUCAAGGCCAUCGAGAUCGGAGACGGCUGGGUCGACCCGCUCCUGCAGUACGGCUCGUUUGCGCCGUACUCGCUCAAGUACGGGCUCAUCUCUUCGUCCGAGGCCAAGUCGCUCGACGCAGCGUACAAGCGGUGCGCCGAGCUGAUCAAGAUCGGGGCGACGACGCUGGCGUCUGUCGAGUGCAACUCGAUCGAGUCGCGCGCCAUCGGGAGCCACAACCCGUACAACCGCAAGCUCCCGUGCGUCGUGCCCGGCCUCUGCUACAACUUUACCCUCCAGACUGACUACAUGAACCUGCCGGCCGUCCAGCAGGCACUCGGCGUCAACAAGGACUGGUCCGUCUGCGUCCGCUCGGCCAUCACCGCCAAGGACUCGAUUUCCUCGUUUGCCGACGAGGUCAAGUACGUGCUCGAGUCUGGCGUUCCGGUCUGGACCCUCAACGGCGAGCUCGACAUCAUCUGCAACUACCUCGGCGUCCAGGCCUGGAUGGACGACCUGCAGUGGUCCGGCCAGUCCGGCUACAACGCCGCCUCGUACAAGCCGUGGUCGUACAAGGAGAACGGCCAGACCAAGGUCGGCGGCUCGUACAAGGCCUUUGGCAACUUCUCCUACGUCUCGGUCGAGGAGGCCGGCCACAUGGUUCCGCAGGACUCGCCCUAUGGUGCCCUCUACGUCUUCAAGGCCUUCCUCUCCCAGCCGAUGUUCUCGGGCUAA